UGUUUUCAGGUCACAUGUGCCAAUUUAACGAACGGUGGAAAGUCAGAACUUCUGAAAUCAGGAAGCAGCAAAUCCACACUAAAGCAUAUAUGGACAGAAAGCGGCAAAGACUUGUCUAUCAGUCGACUCUUGUCACAGACUUUUCGUGGCAAAGAGAAUGAUACAGAUUUGGACCUGAGAUAUGACACCCCAGAACCUUAUUCUGAGCAAGACCUCUGGGACUGGCUGAGGAACUCCACAGACCUUCAAGAGCCUCGACCCAGGGCCAAGAGAAGGCCCAUUGUUAAAACGGGCAAGUUUAAGAAAAUGUUUGGAUGGGGCGAUUUUCAUUCCAACAUCAAAACAGUGAAGCUGAAUCUGUUGAUAACUGGGAAAAUUGUAGAUCACGGCAAUGGAACAUUUAGUGUUUAUUUCAGGCAUAAUUCAACUGGUCAAGGGAAUGUAUCUGUCAGCUUGGUACCCCCUACAAAAAUCGUGGAAUUUGACUUGGCACAACAAACUGUGAUUGAUGCCAAAGAUUCCAAGUCUUUCAAUUGUCGCAUUGAAUAUGAAAAGGUUGACAAGGCUACCAAGAACACACUCUGCAACUAUGACCCUUCAAAAACCUGUUACCAGGAGCAGACCCAAAGUCAUGUAUCCUGGCUCUGCUCCAAGCCCUUUAAGGUGAUCUGUAUUUACAUUUCCUUUUAUAGUACAGAUUAUAAACUGGUACAGAAAGUGUGCCCUGACUACAACUACCACAGUGACACACCUUACUUUCCCUCGGGAUGAAGGUGAACAUGGGGGUGAGACUAAAGCCUGAGGAAUUAAAGGUCAUAUGACAGGGCUGAUACCUCAAAGAAGAAGGUCACAUCUGUUGCCUGGAAUGUGUCUACACUGCUGCUCUUGUCAACUGGCUGCAAAUACACUAGUGGAAAACAAUCUGAUGUAAUUUCUGCCCAGUCAGCUUCAUCCCUCAGUAUAAUUGUAAAUCAUCACAGGUUUUGAAGUCACACCUGAAGACAUGCUCUCACAUAUAGAGGUACACAAACACACUGUCAUGCACAUUUCAGCUUGCAUCUGUCGUGAUUCCUGUUGAGAGGGCUUUCAUUGUCUGACUCAUAAUGGUUCAGGGAUCAACUAUCAUCAAACAGAAGGAUUAACUAGACGGAGAAUGUUUCUAACACUCGCUGUUAUGGAAAUCUCUUUUAAAGUCUUGAGUACAUGCUAAUCAAUAAUCCCCACUCAUGCAUUCCUACUGCUUGGAGUAGCUGUACUGGUAAAUACUAUUGUAGGAGUAUCUGCUUGUUAAAAUGGAAAAAUGUGUCUUUAGAGCUCAGUAUUCUUUAUUUUACAAACACAACAAAAUGUAGUAACUUUUUUCCAGCAUACAGUAGGCACAUUCAGGGUGGUCCAAGAUGGCUCUUUUUUCUAUGAAAGGGGCCUGUUCUCAGUAAAGAUGAGCAAACAUUUGGAAUUUACAUGUGGGCAGACAUUGGUAUAACAACUUUCAUCACCAAUCAUUGGACUUUUGUGAAGUUGAGACCAGCUAAAGCUGCUUAAAAUAAGUUCUGAUCAUUAUAUAAGAAGGGAAACGCCUGGCAGACACCAUGUAAGUUAUAAGUGUCUGUCUUAUCUUUACUACACAUAUUGUAACAAAUUCAAUAUCCUAGUCUUCAUUUGUAUGAAUGGUUUGUAUUGUACAUAGUUUAACCAAGUGUUAUUUGAGCUGCUUAUUAAUAUUAACUUGUACUUGUCUCUCUGCUUGUUAUUGGUUAAGAAAAAAGGAUAUGAGGAAUUCAUUUUAUCGAUGUAGCUGUGAACUCCAUUAAAAAGACAAACAAUGUACAGAGCAUUUAUUCAGAUCAAGUAUUGUUGAAAGCUAUACAUAUACAACAUUACAGUCUGUCUGUAUUUAGAUAUUUUAUUUCUGGACAAAAUGAAAUGUACAUAAAAAUAAAACACUUAAAGUUGAGUUUCAAUA